AUGAAUCAAGUAAAUCAAAUACUACAUUCAACGAAGGAAUCGAACAAUGAAGCAGAAUCAGCUACUGAUGAUCAUCAUAAUGAUUCCUCAAUAGUUGAAACUAAAUUCAUGGAUACAAAUGAUCAAUCUUCAUCAGUUCUAUCACGUGUUGAAAAAAAAAGUUCUAUUAUGGAACAAGAUAUUGAUGGUUUAGAAUAUUCAUCCAAAGACGAUAGGACGAAACUGAAUAAAGAUCUUAAUGAUAUAUUUAUUAUGAAUCGUAAAAAAUCGAAAGCAGAUAUUAUCAUAAACAAUCAUGAUAAAAUAUAUUAUCAACCAUUUCGUAAAGAUUUUUAUACAGUUGUAUAUGAAAUAGCGCAUAUGAAAGAUCUCGAUGUUGAUACUUAUCGACAACACUUCAAUAGCAUUAAAUUAAUUGGUAAACUAUGUCCACGGUUUCUAAAAACUUGGUCACAAUGUAUAACAUCCGAUACAAUUUUAAAAUGUUUAAAAAAAUAUAAAUAUGAAAAACAAUCAUAUAUAAGCACUGUUAAUACCUUCAGUGUUGGAUUUUUUUCGAAAAAAGCCCUAAAACUCCAUGAAGACACGUUUGAAAAUUUUCGUUCCUAG